AUGGAGCGGCAGGAUCUGGGCGCAUGGCUUGGCCUAGCAACAGGCGGCGGCGCCGUGUGGCACCCCCACGACGGCGAGCGGCGGCCUGACCCGGUUCGGCUCAACGCGCUGUUCCCGCGGCACGGCAAAGAAGAGCGUGAUCAAGACGAACAAAAGACGGGAGGGAAAGGUGCAAGGCGGAAGAUGAAGGUCGCCUAUGACGACGGCCGAUCGUCCUCGUCGAACGGUCCGUGUCUGAGCGAUGGCGGUGGUAGCGACUCCGGCGGGGGCAGGAGGAAGAAGCUCCGCCUCACCAAGGAGCAGUGCGCCCUGCUCGAAGGCAGCUUCCGUGCCCACAACAUACUUUCUCAUGUUAAGAAGCAGGAGCUGGCGCGGCAACUGAAGCUGAGCUCGAGGCAGGUGGAAGUAUGGUUCCAAAAUAGAAGAGCCAGAACAAAGCUGAAGCAGACGGAGGUGGACUGCGAGUUCCUGAGGCGGUGGUGCGAGAGCCUGACCGACGAGAACCAGCGGCUGAAGCACCAGCUCCUGGAGCUGCAGCGGUCCGCGGCGGCUGCGCCGGCGGCGGCCGGCUCGAAGCUCUUUGCGCAGCUCCCCAGGGCAGCGGCCAUGGUGAACUUAUGCCCGUCCUGCGACAAGGUGGCCGUGAAGAACUAGCCUCCGCAUGCAUAGUUUUGGAGGCUUCAGUUGAGUUCGUGUUAGACUAAUUGAGGGCUCUGAUAACUUUUAGUCCUUGACGAUCUUGAAUAUAUGGGGAUACCGUGGCGUUACAUGCAGCCUCAGUCAUCCUAUUUGUUUCUUUGUUCUUUCGAAAUAAUUGUACUACAAAAGGAAA